AUGCACUUCUCCACCGUUGCCGCGGUCAUUCUCGCCACCCUGUGCGCCAGUUCUCAGGCAUGGGAAGUCGUUGCAUACGACAACGUCUACAACUGCGACGCCAACGACAACACGAGGUACCGCUCCAUCACGGGCGCCCCCAGUCUCACGGGAUGCCAGACGUUCGACCGUGACAUGCCCGGCACGGGCUGCCGCGAGUACCAGAACGGCGGCGCCACCAACGGCGGAUGCGUCUCGGGGUCGUUGAUUCCCAUGUCCGUGAUCCUGCGCGGCGGAAGAUGCGUCAUCUUCGACCAGCCUGGGUGCCAGGGCAGGUAUGCCGACAGUAACGGCCCGGUCAACGGAUGUAGCGACUUUAGGAACUAUGGAUGGGGCAAUAUUCGUUCUUUCUGGUGCUCCGGCUGCGUCGGUUGA